UCUUGAAUUCCAUGUCCUACUCUGGGCGGAACAACCGUUCACAACGGAAUUCACGGCCGACCUUAGAGUAUCGAAAGGCGAAGAUCUUGACUCGGUGGUGGAUGGAAUCUGCAGACUCGUCGAUACUUCUGGUUGGGAAUUACUGAACGGCGAUGAAAUCCGGAAGACGUUCCACUGUCGAACAUGGACGAAGAUAGGAGAUUUCUUUAACGGCGUAGCGACUAAAUGCAAAGAAAUGAAUCAUCAUCCGAGAAUUGAGAUUACAUACAACUCUAUUACCUUCCACUGGAAGACCCAUUCCCCGCCUGGGCUCUCGCAAAAAGACGUGCAAAUGGCAGACUUUUGUGAUUUCUGGGCGACGGUGGUGAAGACUGUUCCUGCUGAGGACGCGCCGUCGUGUUCGAGACCUCAAGGAGCCAAGGCUUAGUUAAGCUUUAUACGUGAUGCGAAAUUCGAGAUUUGAGAAUUGCCCAGUAGAUUCUGAGUGCAUUUGACAUCCA